CAAUCAUGGCUGCCCCUAGCAGUAGGCAAGUGUUCCGGCUUUUCUGUCAGUUUGGAGCGUUUAUUUUAACUAGAUUCGGUUUCUGGAACUGUUUCACAAUGCUGAUGCUGUUUGCCGAGAGAGCAGAUGUAAAAAGGAAACCUGACAUCCAGAUUCCCUACCUGUACUUUGACAUGGGCGCAUCAGUGCUGUGCGCCAGUUUCAUGUCCUUUGGCGUGAAGAGGAGAUGGUUUGCUCUGGGGGCUGCCAUGCAGUUAGGGAUCAGCACUUAUGCAUCUUAUAUCGGUGAACAAGUACACUAUAGUGACUGGCUAAAGGUAAGGAUGUACUCCAGAGCACUGGCUGUCAUCGGAGGUUUCCUGGUGCUAGCCAGCGGUGCAGGGGAGGUGUAUAGACAGAAACAUCGCACUAAAUCGCUACAAUCAACUGGACAGGUCUUUAUAGGAGUCUACCUCAUCUGUAUGGUCUACUCACUCCAGCACAGUAAAGAGGACAGGAUGGCUUACCUGAACCACGUCCCUGGUGGGGAGAUUACACUAAUGCUGAUGGGACUCCUGUUUGGGACUCUGGCACUGUCCUUCCUCUCUGGCUGUUACGUCCGCUUGGCCUCUCAGGUCCUGGCUGUCGUUCUCCCCCUCGUUCUGCUCUUUAUCGACGGUAACCUGGGCUAUUGGCAUAAGACGUGCCAUGUAGAGUUCUGGAACCAGUUGAAGCUGAUGGGGCAUAAUGUGGGUAUAUUCGGGGCUGUGCUGAUUCUGGCUACUGAUGCCUGAGUGGAAAGGAACAUUCAGUCUUUCAUGCAGUGGAUGCCGUGGCUGUUCAAGGGAUUUCACAACAGGCCAUUACCUCAACUUUGGACUAAUGUAUCUGCAUCCAUUCCAAAUUGCAUCCUAUACCUUACUUAGUGCACUACAAGGUUACGAUGGGAGACUCAUCCACAGUCUCUUCGGACCCUUAGAUGAGCCGGUUCCCACAUCCAGCAGGAUAUUGUUGUGACUCGAUGCUCAUCCUUUUCUGAAAGCUAUGUGUGUGCUUUUAUUGAAUCCCAAAUAUCCCUUCCCCCCUCCCUUUGUCCAUGCAUGCCCCUACCAUAUUCCCAAGUGUUCCAAAGCUGAGGGAGCAGAAAUAAUUAAGGGUGUGGGGCUAAUAGAUAAAUGCUUCGCUCCACAAAGUGCUAUCCCAACAUGCAACAAAAUAUUUUGAGUUUCAGCAAUCUCUUUUUUUAUAUACAUUACAGUACUGUGCAAAAGUAAUAGGCACCUGAAAGUUGAACUGAAGUAAUUUAUUUGGAUAGUAAUGGUUUAUUUGGGGGCAAAAAAAUAUUUUCAUGUGUAUAUUUGUGUGUGUAUGUAUCUUUUUUAUUUUUUAUUAAAACAUUACCCAAAUAAAUGGCCUUAAUUUCACUUUAAGGUGCCUAAGACGUGCAAAAUUAGGCUAUACACAUUUGAUAUUUUUUACGUUAAAUACCAAAUAAAAUGUUGAACACUUACCAAGGAUGUCUUGGAAAAUGACUGUG